AUGAUUUUCUUUAAAAUCUUAUUGAUCGGUGAUUCAGGAGUUGGCAAGAGCAGCUUGCUCCUUAGUUUCAUUUCUAAUGCUAUUGACGAUAUUACCCCUACCAUAGGCGUGUACUUUUUAGGCUUACCUAGAUGCCAUGGCCAGGUUGUAACUUUUCUGAUCAUAUUUUAUACAGCUGGACAGGAGAAGUUCAGGACAUUGACAAUCAGAGGUGCUCAGGGAAUCGUUCUUGUUUACGAUGUGACAAGGAAAGACACAUUCACAGACCUAUCUGAUGUGUGGGUAAAAGAGGUGGAGCUUUACUGUACUAAUGAGGAUUGUAUCAAAAUGCUGGUUGGAAACAAAGUUGACAGAGUAAGUCCUGCGACAGUGAAUAUGCUUGUAUAUGUUCUUGAAAAUCUUCACCUUCCCAACUCAUAA